UUUUUUUUAAUAGAAAUAUUGCUGUUAUUCAUAGGGAGUUUUGGGGGAAGAGAGCUGUUCAUUUGUUCUCUUCUGACGUCUCCAUUACUUAGGGGUCUUGGGGAAUGGUUUUAAAUUGAGGUAGGGGAGGUUUAGGUUGGAUAUUAGGGGGAAGGUUUCCACACACAGGGUGGUGAAGCACUGUUACAGGCUGCCCAAGGAGGCUGUGGAUGCCCCAUCCCUGCAGGCAUUCAAGGCCAGGCUGGAUGUGGCUCUGGGCAGCCUGGGCUGCUGGUUGGCGACCUGCACACAGCAGGGGGUUCGAACUGGAUGAGCACUGUGCUCCUUUGCAACCCAGGCCGUUCUAUGAUUCUUUUUUGUAUGCUCAGCCUUCUACUGGGACUGCACCCAUGAGAGCUGUUGGGCGGCUGGUGUUCACUCACACACACAGCUCAAUGAUCUCAGAGCUGAGGGCUGCCUCAAUUGGCUAUAACUGUAUUUACAAAUUUUCAAGACCUAAAGCUGCUUGAUGUAUCUGCCUUGUCUCUUACAGCCCUGUUACUCUAGUAGAGGUGUAUCACUUGCUCUGUUUAUGAUUGAGUUUUUUUGCAUUGAAGAAAGCACUCCGGUUCACAUCUUUUGAUUUUUUUUUUUGGUGUGAUUUCAUUCUGAUUAUCUUUAAAGCAGUACUAUUAUUUGGUAUGCCAGCUUAAAGUUGGCGGUGAUUCAUUGUUAUCACUCAUUUCUAAAACUCUUUCUGAAGUUUAUUUGGAUAACAAAUUAAAGCAGUGCGGAGUCACUGUGGUUGCAGGCAGGGUGCUGGAGCACACCGCUGGUUCUCACAUCUGGAGUGUGGGUGUGAGCAUCGUUAUUGGACUUUUGUUUUGAUCUGAUCUUGAUGAAAAUCCCAGAAUGAUUUCCAUGAACAUCACUUGCAACGGGCUAUCUCAGCACAACAAGUUUUCAGAGAAAAGAAAGAGAGCAUGGUUAUCCCAGUUCCUGAAGCAGAGAGCAAUGUGAACUAUUACAAUCGUUUGUAUAAAGGAGAAUUUAAGCAACCAAAGCAGUUCAUUCACAUUCAACCCUUUAAUCUGGACAAUGAACAGCCAGAUUAUGAUAUGGACUCUGAGGAUGAAACCUUAUUGAACAGACUAAAUCGGAAGAUGGAAAUCAAGCCACUGCAGUUUGAAAUAAUGAUUGACAGACUUGAAAAAGCCAGUUCUAGUCAGCUCGUUACACUUCAGGAAGCUAAAUUGCUGCUAAAUGAGGAUGACUACCUUAUUAAGGCUGUAUAUGACUACUGGGUAAGAAAGCGUAAGAAUUGCAGAGGGCCGUCCCUCAUCCCCCAAAUCAAACAGGAGAAGAGGGAUGGCUCCACCAACAACGACCCUUAUGUUGCCUUUCGGAGGAGGACUGAGAAGAUGCAGACAAGAAAGAAUCGAAAGAACGAUGAAGCAUCUUAUGAGAAGAUGCUGAAAUUAAGAAGAGAGUUUAGCAGAGCCAUAACAAUUUUGGAGAUGAUUAAGAGGAGAGAGAAGACAAAACGCGAGUUAUUGCAUUUAACGUUGGAAGUUGUAGAGAAAAGAUACCAUUUGGGUGAUUAUGGAGGUGAAAUUCUCAAUGAAGUGAAGCUUAACAGACCUGAAAAGGAAAUGAGCACAACUGCAUCCACUCUUCAUAAUGGAAAUCAUCACAAAGUUCAAGAAUGUAAAAUUAAGCAUCCUCAUCAUUCAUCUCUAAAGGAAGAGAUAUCAGAUGUUGUACGUCAGAAGAAGAAAUAUCUGAAGAAACCGAAAAUGGAGUGUGUGGUAACUGCUCAACAGCCCUCUGCUGAGCCCUUGCCUGUUAUCAACAAGAGUGAUAUCAAGCAGUAUGACUUCCACAGCUCAGAUGAGGAUGAAUUCCCACAGGUACCCUCACCAGUAUCAGAAGCAGAAGAGGAAAAUGAUCCUGAUGGACCUUGUGCCUUCAGGAGAAGAGCAGGAUGCCAGUAUUAUGCUCCUCGUUUGGACCAAACUAAUUCUUCAUAUGAAAAUGCAGAAUUGGACAAACUGAGGUUCAGGCAUUGCCUUACAACCCUUACAAUUCCAAGAAGGUGUAUAGGAUUUGCAAGGAGACGAGUUGGCAGGGGUGGAAGGGUUAUAAUGGACCGAAUAUCCACAGAACAUGAUCCUGUCUUGAGACAGAUUGACCCGGAAAUGCUGAAUAGUUUUUCAAGCUCUUCCCAGACUUUAGACUUUUCUUCUAAUUUUUCACGGACCAAUGCUUCCAAUAAACGUUGUGAAAACAGACUGUCCCUUUCUGAAAUACUAAGCAAUAUCAGAUCAUGUCGACUGCAGUGUUUUCAGCCAAGGCUACUAAAUCUACAGGACAGCGAUAGUGAAGAAUGUACCUCAAGGAAACCAGGGCAGACUGUGAAUAAUAAAAGAGUUUCUGCAGCAUCUGUAGCUUUAUUGAACACCAGCAAGAACGGCAUAUCAGUAACAGGGGGUAUCACAGAAGAACAAUUUCAGACACAUCAACAGCAGUUAGUUCAAAUGCAGAGGCAACAACUUGCCCAGCUUCAACAGAAACAACAAUCUCAGCAUUCCUCGCAACAGACACAUCCAAAAGCACAGGGCUCCACCACCUCUGACUGCAUGUCAAAAACACUUGAUUCAGCCAGUGCCCACUUUGCUGCAUCUGCAGUGGUCAGUGCACCUGCUCCUGGUCGCAGUGAGGCAACGAAGGAACAAACCCCCAGCCACAACAACAUUAAUGGUGUUGUCCAGCCUUCAGGAACCUCUAGAACGUUGUACUCCACCAACAUGGCUUUAUCAUCCAGCCCAGGGAUUUCAGCUGUACAGCUUGUAAGGACAGUUGGCCACACCACCACAAACCACUUAAUUCCAGCAUUGUGCACGAGCAGCCCUCAAACACUUCCCAUGAACAAUUCUUGCCUGACUAACGCAGUGCACCUCAACAAUGUCAGUGUUGUUUCUCCAGUCAAUGUGCAUAUUAAUACAAGGACUUCAGCACCAUCGCCAACAGCCUUAAAACUUGCCACAGUUGCUGCCAGUAUGGACAGAGUGCCAAAGGUAACUCCUAGCAGUGCCAUCAGCAGUAUAGCAAGAGAGAACCAUGAACCAGAACGGCUGGGUUUAAAUGGCAUAGCAGAGACAACAGUAGCAAUGGAAGUGACAUAACCUCAAAUCAGUGUCUCAACCUGUGCUAACGGUGUAGUCAUUUAUAUUCCAACUGAAUGCAAAACACAGCACUCUGUGGAUCACAGAGAACUAAAAUGGACCUAAAUGGACUAUCCUUAUAUCGUGUAUUAAGUCGAUAUAUAAUGUAAAUUUUGUAAAAUUGGGAAAAUCACUACCUUGUAAAAUAGUUUAUUUGUAUCAUCAAUAUUAUUUCUGUUACUUGAAUAGUAGAUAUUCAUCAUCAUGCUUUUGCACUUGAAUUUGCAACUGAAUGGAUUAAAAAAUAAUUCUUUAAUGGGAUCAUGAGCAUGAAAUGGGAUCCUGCAUCACUUGUUUUAACUAUUUAUUUUGCCAUGUUUACAUUUUGUAUCUUGUACAAAUAAAUCCAACUUUGUGUCUAAAAAAAAAGUUAAAGAUUCAUAGCUAGGAGACAAAAUUCUUGUAAUUUUUUUCUAAAGGAAAUGUAAAGUUUUCACUUGGUUCAUUUUGUUUCACAAUUUGACUAGAUGGACUUUUUGGUAAAUACUUUAGUGGCAUUUCACUGUCAAAUAUGAAGUUCAAGGCAAAAUAGUAUUUUCUAUUACUGUGCAGGGGAAAGGGAUGGAUCGAUACAUGCAAAUUUAAUGUAGUAACUCACUUUUCCAUAUAUUUUGAAUGUAUAUUUCUAUUUAUAAUACCAGUUUAUAAAAAAUAAUUACACAGGAAAGGAAAAAAAACCUGACUAGGAAAAUUAUGCAUCUAGCACAUGUAAAAUUGUGCAGAUAAGAGAAAAUUUUCAACCAAUUACAUUUUAUCCGAAGACUGCAUAUUUUAACCGGCUUUAAAACUGUAACACACCACGUAAAGGAUAUUUUACCAGGUAUGUAUUGCAUUAUAUAUCAUUGCAAUAAUUAUUGGAUGUCUAGAUAUCGAGCCAUCCCAGGUGGUGGGGGGGAG